AGAAUGCAACUAGAAUUCCUAUAUUAUUUCCACAGGGAAUGCCAACUGCAGAAGAGGCAUAUAAUUUCUUUGUUAGUAGUAUGGACACUGAUGACAUGGAAGCACCAACAGAYCAGACUCAAGAACUUCAGGAUCUUGGAAUCCUCUUUUGGGGCAAACCACCUCGUACCCCAAAAUCCAAACAACUUGAGAUKGAGUCAGCACUUUACAAAGUGCCUAGUGUCUUGCCUGUUCCUUUUGAAAAGAAAGUUCCUGAAGGAAGGCAGCCAAGAUAUCUAGAAGAUGAAGGAUUUUAUGUAGGCAGACCUCCCCCUGUYAGCUUUGCUAACCUCAAUGUGAUGGAAGACAGACUUUCUGGAACUGAUAAGCUUUCUGGAUUUCCCAUCAACAUGCCGUUCACUGACAUUCCCCCUGUACUUGAUGCUGUUUAUAGCACAGGGGUACAUACUAUAGAAGACCCUGAUAUAGAAUUCGCACUUGCCACCCAUAUACACCCCUAUCCUCACGGAGUUAUGUCCCUAUGGGUGUAUGUAGGGACGUUAAAGCGUAAAGGAGCUUAUUGA